ACUCUUUCCUUCUUUCCCUCUUCCAGACAGAAGCACAGAGCUGGAAGAAUCCAUGAUUCUGCAGGAAGUUUCUACGCCUGCCUGUUGUCAAAGGUAUAGCUUUACUGGACAUCACCGUAUGCCUUUCUGAAGCGAUAUCCAAAAUGAAAAGAGCAGGAAAGUGCAGUUCCGCUAACUGUGAAACUGGUGGAAUGACAGUGAGGACGCAUUUUUUCGGUAAAUGAUGUGGUGCAGUGGCAGCCCUACAGCGUUUCGAUUGGAAUUUAGUACCCAUACCCUGUUUCUAUUAAUUUCUACUUGGGUACCACACAAUUUGUGGUGAACCCAAAGCUAGUGUGAUAUAAAAGGGAUUCCUACUUUUCUCCCGCUGACCACCACCACCACCACCCCAAAUGCUACUCACACGAUUACACUUGGUAAGCCAAAGGUAUACUUGCUCUUUGAUAUCACCCUUUUCCAGUUCACCUCUGCUAACUUUUCUACUUCCCUUUUCAACCUAUGAAACUCCCAACAAUUUCAAAAACGACCCACCAUUACUGAACCAUUUGUGUAAUCAGGACGUUCAUGUGGAUGAAUCCCCCAUUUUGAGUCAACUCUCUGAUAUUUUACCUAUCCCCAGAAGCUCUUUGAAAAUUUACGACAAACCUUUAAUUACGGAUUCAUUUACCAUCAGGACAGCUGCAGUCGAUGGGUUUUUGUCCCCUGAAGAAAAAUUUCGAGGAAUUUUCCUGCAGAAGCUCCGUGGCAGAAGUGCUGUUGAGGAGUCUUUAACUAAUGUUGGGAUUGAUAUUACUAUUGAUAUCCUUGAGAAAGUAGUAAGUAGAGGGAACUUAAGUGGCGAUUCCAUGGUUAUGUUUUUCAAUUGGGCGGUGCUACAAUCUGGGUUUCCUAAAGAUGUGUGUAGUUAUAAUCUGAUUUUCAAAGCAUUAGGGAGAAGAAAAUAUUUUAAACAUAUUAUGGAAAUGCUUGCUGACAUGACAGACAAGGGAAUAUAUCCUAAUUGUGAUACCCUUUCUGUGGUUGUGGAUUGUUUUAUUCGGGCUCGGCAAGUUUCUAAAGGUAUCAAAAUGUGGGAAGAUUUCAAGGAUUUUGGUUUAAAAUGCAAUACUGAGACAUUCAAUGUUCUGAUGAAAUGCCUGACUCGGCGAUCACAUGUCAGGACUGCCUGUUCGUUAAUGAACAAGGUGAGAGGUAAGGUUCCGUUCGAUAGAAUGACUUACAAUUUGGUUAUUGGAGGGUGGUCAAGGCUUGGUAAAAUUACUGACGUUGAGAAGAACUUGAAGGCAAUGGUGGAGGACGGAAUAGAUGCAGACAACUCCACCUAUAGCUAUAUUAUUGAAGGAUUUGGGAGAGCUGGACAAGUCGAUAGUGCAGCUAAAGUUUUCAGAGAGUUGGAGGAGGAAUAUGUACUUGGUGUCGAGGUUUACAAUGCAAUGAUUGCUAAUUAUGUACACUCCGGUGAGAUGGAUGAAGGGUUGAGGUACUUUGAGAAACUGUUAGAUAAUAACUGCGAACCUAACAUGGUUACAUUUGUGAUAUUAAUAUCUGGUUGUUUGAAAGCUCGGAGAGUAGCAGAUGCUAUUGAAAUGUUUGAUCAAAUGUUGUAUCGGGGGAUUGUUCCCUCUGCAGGGACCAUCACCUCCUUCAUUGAGCCUUUGUGCUGCUAUGGCCCUCCUCAUGCUGCUUUAAUGAUUUACGAAAAGGCUAAAAAAGCUGGAUGUAAAAUGUCGCUCAACUGCUAUAAGCUGUUGAUUAUGCAACUUUCUAAGUUUGGAAAAUGUCAAACUUUGCUGAAUAUAUGGCAUGAUAUGCAAGAAAAUGGUUAUUGUUCAGAUGUGCAGGUUUAUGAGUAUGCCAUAAAUGGAUUUUGCAACAUUGGGCAGCUUGAAAAUGCCGUUUUAGCCAUGGAAGAAUGCUUGAGUAAAGGAUUUUGCCCUAACAGGAUUCUUUGCAGCAAAUUGAAUAACAAACUAAUGAAUUCAAGGAAAGUAGAAGUGGCAUACCGGCUGUUUUUGAAGAUUAAAGAGGCUCGUGGAAAUGAAAAGGCAAAAAGAUCUUGGCGAAUGAAAGGAUGGCACUUCUAAUUCAAUUAUCAUACAAUUACUGCAGUUGCUUGGGGGGGCGGAAUUUGCAUUUUGCCAAAUACCUAAGACGGAGGGCCUCUCCUGGUACCUUUUUACUGUCUUUUUUAUUUUUAAUAUGUAAAUGACAAUGAAACUUUUAGAGUGCGAAGGUGAAAAUAUUUUUGUUUAAUUUUAAAAAUGAGAUAACUUUUUGGUGCAAAUUUUGUAGGAGAGCAAAAGGGUUACUAAAGGAUAACAAUUCCAAAAAGUUAAAAAAGAAUGAAAGGGCUACCAGUUGCUUCGCUGGUAGAGGCCGACUUAGGUUAGGGGGGAUCUGGAAUGCUCUUUUUGCCUCAAGGUAAAUUUGAUCUGAAGCCUUUCUUAAUGUUUUAAUCUCGCGUUUCUAAAUUUUAGUGUUUUAAUGUUUUAACCAAGUUGGGAAUAUUCGAGGUAUGUUGAUGUUGUUGUUGUUGUUGUUGUUGUUGCUGCUGCUGUUUCUAAAUUUUAUCAUUUUCAUCUCAUAAUAAACCAACUCUUGUAAUUUCCUUUCAUUAUUCUUAAGGUUGAUAUUAGCAAUUGUUUUUCAGAAUGUGUAUUCACUUUCAUACUUGUGAUGAUAUGAUACUACUUGUUUGCUUUUCUUUGAAUUAUAUGUGGCCAGAAAACUUUAGAACAAACAAUUUAAUGUUUAUUCUGUGCUUGAAGCAUCUAAACUGUUUCUGUGGCUGGAUUGGAGGAAUUACAACAGAGGCUUGUACCAUUUUUACCUGAAGCUGAUGAGGACUUUCAUCUGCAACACUGAACCCUUCAGUCAGAUUUUUCUGCAACACUGGAGUUGACCUUUACCGUUGUGGUUUUAUUUUUUUCUUUUCUGUUUUCUAGAAUUGUUUGCAUUGUUUUCCAUGGAGCUGAACUUACAUGCGAUAGUGGAUGUGGUGCAAGAAUGAGAUAGAAAUCUAAGUGAUCUAUUCAUUUGGCAUUCUGCAAUACCAUAUCUUGCAAGCAUUGCUCACUAGCCAAACCGUUUUCGUUUCAUCCUUUUUGUGGAAAUUGUGCACUCUGUGCAAACUUUAAUGGAUAGUGUUCUUCUUCUUCUAGAGUCAAGCUCCUUUUACACUCUCAUGUUUCAGUUGAGAAGAAUAUCUUGGUUUGACCAUUGCCAACUCAAAGUUAUCAAAUACAUUGGAUUUCACUAGCUGGUGAACCUUUUCCUGGGAAAGCUGAUACGUGGUUGGGAGAAACUGCAGCGGCAUAUCUCAGGCCAGGAUGAACUUGCAAUCAGAGUUGUUCAUUUAGUUGGGAAUCUGCUUUUGAAUGCCUCUGGAACAAUUUGUGGAAACUGAAGAUUUGUUACUUUUGCCAUCACUUUCUUUUCCCCCUCCCUUCCCUUUACCCUUCUUUACCCGUAACCCAGAAACACCUCUGAGGAUUUUAUUUCUUUUUUCUUUUUUCUUUACUUGUUCAUUUUCAUGGCAUGUUUAUAGAAUUUUGAAGUGUUUCUACUUGUACAAAAAAAUAAAUAAAUAAAUUAUAAAGCAUUGACAAAGCUAAAUGGAAAAAAAUUAGAGGACCAUUUUCAUUUUUCAAGGCCAAAAAUAUAUGUUUCAUCAUGAGGAGACAAAUUACAAAGAUCGUUUGAGCCAAUAUGAAACUUCAAAGCAAACUCAGUUGGAUAUUUAUAUAUAUAACAUAGAUACAAAUAAUGCUAUACAACAUAUUUACUGCUGUUUGACCUUUUUGCAGGCAUCUCCAUAUGCAUUAUGCGACGUAAUCGCAAUGACAUGUUAUUCACACCCUAAUAUGAAACUCUUGGGGGGUUCCACAACCCAUCCCACAGUCAAUAUGCUCAUAAUAUUAACCAAACUAUGAAACUCCUAUGUGGAAAAUUUGGAGGCAACGAGUAGAAUACAAUACUGCAUAAUCACUUAGCCAAUUGAUUCUGUUUUGCAUAGUUUUGUGCUUUGGUUGGAGCUGCGGUAGUCAUCAGGCGCAACCUUCUCGCAAUUUCAGUGAAGGAUGGCCGUGCAGAGGGGUCUGGAGCCCAACACUGCUCCAUUAAUAAUCCCCAAUCAGAGUCGCAGUAGCUUGGUAUAGGUGGUCGCAAUGUAUUGUUUACAAUGCCUCCUGUAGAAAAAAGGAAGUGUCAUGCAGCGUUCAACUAAAAUCUGACUUAUCUAACUGAUCCAGACCAAAAAUGGAAAAAAUAAAAAUGAAUAGCAGCUGGUAAGAUUUUUUGACAAAAGACUAAUGCUUUGCCAGAAUACAUCAGACUUGAGAAAUUAGGCUUGUAAUAUAGAACUUGGAAGUGGAUCCGUCUUAGAUAUGCAUGUGAAUACAGUUAAAACCCUGCACACCUGAUGGAUGAACCUAUCUUUUCUCCCAUAAUAAUUUACCUUCCAUCAGGCAAACAUUAUUUCUUAAGUCCUUGAUAAGAAGACGGCAUGGUACAAAAAAGGGCAAUAAGCAAAAUCCAAAAACUUUUGAAUAAUACAACCACCGUCCACAUUAAGGGGGGUUACUAGACUACUAAUAUGGAAUGAUAUGAUGAUGGAAUGAAGCAGUUACAAGAAACUGAAGAACAUGGAAUUUCUACAGCUUUGCAGAGAUUAAACUAACAAUCAAUUGUACUCCACCUUUGUUAAGAAGAAUCUACUUUGGGAUCGCAUAACAUGUGAUGGAAGACAUUAAUCAAGGAACUUGGGAAUAAGUAAUGCAGUUUUUCAGAUUUUGACGCCAUACAAUGCGGAUUUACACUAAGGUUGAGAACUGGCUAGUAAUAUUAAUAUAAUACUUUUCAGGUGUUUUAUUUUUCUAACUGAAAUAUUCAGGAAACCAAGUCUACUUCAGUAUCACAUAGGUUAAUCUUAGCCCAGAUGUACAAUCAUUAGUAAUUAAACAACCGUGUUAUACCUACCACUAUCUUAAUCCUUUCACCAGGUAAAAGCCAUAUCUUCCUACAAAUAAUAAUCAGAAGUCCGAACUAAGUUCUGUCAAACAAUUUUGAAGCUAACUGUUUUAUUAUCAUUACUUGAUAUUCUCUUCAUUUUGGAAAAAUCUUAGAAAAAUAUCCUACCUUCUCACAAUCUAAACCUUUUGUUCAGAGAAACCCUAGUGUAAUGUACAAAGAUCAGCGGAUGAAAAGCUAGAAUGAAGGUGGACAAAAUGUUAUACAUUAGUAGCUCCUUUAGAUCUGAAAUCGAAUACAAGCAUAAAGAAAACAGUGUAAACUUAUCUAUUUAGACUUUCUGCUUCUUUAGUCGCAGUUAUCUUCUUCGGAUGUUUCACUUUAUCUUGGAAAUGUUUGAGUAAUUAAUCAAAGAAACAGUUUUAAUUGCAUUUUUGCUGGGAAGAUUAUUCACUAGCAUACCUGAAUAGAGCAACCAUGGAGUAAUGUAUGACUACUAUAAGAAUCAGAUCAUUUGGCAACACAAUCCGAAAAUCAAUUGAAAGAAUUUUAUAAAUCUCCAGUAUAAAUCCAAGCUUAGCGCCUCCUCUGAAACUUGAAUAGAAUCAGAUAACUGUGGCAUCAGUUUCUUUUGUUUUUCUCAACAUAUUUAUCUUUCUUCAAAACAGUUUCCAGAAAAUACCUUUUCCCGGUUAAAGCUAGGUUAAUGUGCAAGGAUACUCAGAAAUGCAACCAGUAAGUGCUAUGUUUAAAUAUCCUAAAUGCCCAAAUCAUGAUUACUUGAUUUCUGUACUCGCACGUGCCCUUGUGGACGAGCCACAUCAGAGCUCAAAAGGUGGAAGUAUUUCUCACCUAAAGUCCGGUUAAUUCAUCACCACACUGUCGUCUAUGAUAUUAUCCAAACAAGAACAAGCUAAAUGCUAUUCUUCCCAUUCACCAACUUAAAAAAAUUACACAUUUUACAAACUCUAUCCUGUUAAAUAACAACUAAGCCUAUUACAAAAUUAAGACCACACCUAAGCUAGUUGAGCUUCACAAAUGCUUCCUACUUUGGAAAAAUCAGAGGGAAGCGUUGCAGACCAAGUUGUAAUUCUUCAACAAUAAUUAUCCCAAAUACAUUAGAAAGUUUUUAUCACCCAGAAAACUACUUCUGAUAAGGAAAGACAAUCUUCCCCACUUCCCAUUGGUGUCUGGGUACUGAAUUACUCUUGUGAAGGGUAAAUUAAGCUUCAAUUGUUUCAGAUGCUUUGGGUACUUCAAGUAAAAUUAAACAGUUACAGGUGCCAAAGAAAAGACUGAUUCAAGAAUAUUUCUACUUGAAAGAGAAGAGACAAAAUAGGACUGCAAGGAAUCAAACAAACCUAUGAUGGCUCCAUAAUGCAUAUUGGCAUAUGGCUCCUCACCAGUAAGAAUCUCCCAUAAUACAAUCCCAAAAGAAAAAACAUCAACCUGACAAGAAUAACCAGAAGAAACAAAUGAAGCAAAUGAUAAAUUAAACAGCAUUUAGUAUUUAGCAAAUUCGUUUGCAGCAAUGUCUAAAAACUCUUUUCUUUUAACACAAACAAAAUUCUUCGCGAUUGCAACUAGUUAUAAAAGGCUUAAGCAACUGAUAAAUGAAAUUUAUUCUCUAAAAAAAGUUGCCAGCUAUUCAAGCGAAUAGUAUUGAAUCAUCGACGGAAAAUAAGAGAGUGAAAACACAAGAGCAAGCAUUGAGAAUAUGAUUAGCAAGAAUGAUUAGCAUAUCAUCUUGCCUGAAUAGAAAGAGCUAGCGAUUAGUUUUAAUGCUGAACUAUGUUGUAAUUCCAAUGAAACGAAGAGUACAUACCUUUUCAGAAACCUUACUACU